GGAGAAGGCUAGGGUGUCAGCCUUUGGGUCUGAGGCAGGAGGAAAGGAGCUUGGACCCUCGAGUCUGAGGGAAGAGAGGCUGGGGUCUGGAUUCCGGGGUUUGUGGAAGUAGGUCUGGAGUCUAGACCCCUGGGUCCAAGCAAGGAGAGGCUGGGACGAGGGCUGAAGUCAGGGUUGGCCCGGUUUGAGAGAGGAGGGUUGAGGGGCUGGAUCCCCGGGUCUGGAGGAGGAGGGCUGGGGACGUGGACUCCUGGGUAUAGGGAAAGAGGGUUAAGGCCUGGACUCGUAUGUUUAAGGCCGGCUGGGGCUUAGGCUUGGUGUUAAGGAGCAGGGCUGAGGGAGCAGUCCUGGCCUCCAGCCUUCAACACUCCCAGCCCCUAAAGGAAGCUCCGAACCCUAGACCAGUCAUCCCCCCUGGCUUUGAACGAGUCUCCUCUUUCUUCUGCUCUCAGCCUGGCCCUUGGGGGUUCACGAUAUGUUUCGUCCCCUCUGUCCUGGGACCAGAGCCCGGAGUCCAAGCUGGUCUAAGUUUGGAAGGGGGAGGGAGGGGACAGCGGGUCAGGGGGGUGAGGGAGGCGUGUAGGGGGGGACAGGAUGUCUCUGUCUCUGAGCUGUCACACACACCUCUGCCCAGAGAAAGGGAGGGACAAAAGGCACGGAGAGACAGAACAAAGAGAGACAGACACAGAGACGGCCCAAGAGAGCCAGAGAGGAAGGGAGGCAGAGGAGAGUGUAGGGACGUCCCAUGGGCAGACUCGGUUGAUAAACAGGGGACAGUGUGUAAGGGAGUCAGGGGCCCCAGCAAACAGAGGCAGGGGAGAGAGAGGGAGAGCACCCUGGGGAGAAACAAAGGGAGGAAGAGAGUAGAGGGAAAGGGGACAGACAGGUGAAAAGAAAAAGAGUCAAAGUUAUACUCGGAGAGUAAAGAAAGGGAUUGAGAGAAAUAGAAAAGAGGGAGGAACAGAGACACAAAAGGCAGACAGGGAGGAGAGAGAGAGAGAGAGAGAGAGAGAGAGAGAGAGAGAGAGAGAGAGAUUCAGAAGGAAAGAAAGACUGCCAGAGGUUGUAGAGAAGGGAUCGAAGGCUGAGAAGACUGAAAAGAAAUAAGUAAGGCAACAGAGGACGACACACCCCCAGGAGGGAAGAAGGAACUGGAGUCUGAGAAAUAAUCUCGGGGGCCAGAAAGAUUGUUUCAGAGUGACGCCAAGGCCUCCCUCCAGCAGCUUCACCGCACCCGGCCAGGGAAAGACCCGUGGGGGUGCAGAGGGUCCCUCGGGCUGGUUCCUCUUCGGGGAGUCUAGAUAAGGGGUGCAUACAAGGGCCAGCUGACACCAGACAACCUGAGAUGGAGCUCAGGGCCCUCGAGACCCCCGAGGAUGGGGAUACAGAGGAGGACACAGCCAUGGCCCUCCAGCGGCUGGUGGAGCUGACAGGAAGCAGGGUGAUGUCGGUCAGAAGUCUGCGUGUCCAGUACCGUCUCCUCCGAAAGCUGGGUUCCGGUUCCUACGGCCGAGUGCUCCUAGCCCAGCCUCGCCAAGGGGGUCAAACCGUGGCCCUUAAGCUCCUCCGGCGGGACUCGGUCCUGAGGACAACUUUCCUGAGAGAAUUCUGUGUGGGCCGCUGCGUCUCUUCACAUCCAGGCCUGCUGCAGACCCUGGGAAGGCCCCUGCAGACACCCCGACAUUUUGCCUUUGCCCAGGAGUAUGCACCCUGUGGGGAUCUCAGCGGAAUGCUCCAGGAGAAGGGCCUCCCAGAGCUGAUGGUGAAGCGGGUAGCGGCCCAGCUGGCUGGAGCCCUGGACUUCCUCCACGGCCGGGGGCUAGUGCAUGCAGAUGUCAAGCCGGACAAUGUGCUGGUCUUCGACCCUGACUGCAACAGAGUAGCCCUGGGUGACUUGGGUUUGACCCGACCUGAGGGCAGCCCAACCCCUGCCCCGCCAGUACCUCUGCCCACGGCACCGCCCGAACUCUGCCUCCUGCUACCGCCGAGCACCCUGCCCUUGAGGCCGGCCGUGGACUCCUGGGCCCUGGGCGUGCUUCUCUUCUGUACUGCCACAGCCUGCUUCCCCUGGGACAUAGCGUUGGCCCCUGAUCCUGAGUUCGAGGCGUUUGCCGGCUGGAUGACCACUAAGCCCCAGCCCCCUCGGCCACCGGCACCCUGGGACCAGUUUGCACCCCCAGCUCUGACCUUGCUCCAGGGACUUCUGGACCUGGAUCCCGAGACUAGGAGCCCUCCACUGGCUGUGCUGGAUGUUCUAGGGGAUGAUUGGGGCCUCCAGGGGAGUGGAGAGGAGUCUGGGAGCUUGGGCGUUGUGUCCUAUGAAGAUGAGGAGGAAGAAGAGGGAGGAUCGAGUUUGGAGGAGUGGACAGAGGAGGAGGAAGAUGAAAUUAAAGACGGUGGGAGGGUGGGGACAGGCAAUAGGGGUUCCUGACCAGGUGACUGAGGGAGGUGGUCAGAACCUUGGCUAGAGUGUCCUAAGCCAGCCCUCGAGGCCACCUGGGAAAGGCGACAAUCAUUACCAGAAGACAGGGAACACUUCACUUUUGCCUGAUGAAGGCUGGACUUGGAAGUGUAAUCCCCCAUCUGCAGGGCACACACACACACACACACACAACUGAGGACUCAGGGUCCGGAUUGUGUACCGCUGUUACAGCCUCCCACUCCCCCCCCCCAUCUCACUUUUCGUCCUUCUUCCUUCAUUCUGUCCCAUCUUGCUCCCUCUCCUCCUCCCCUUCCUCCUCUCUUCUCUCCUCAUCAUCUUUCCUUCUCCCCACUCCUCCGUCUCAUGCUGAUUUUCCUUCCAAAACAGUCUCGUGUAUCCCAAACUGGCCUCAAACCCACUAUGCAGAUAGACGACCUUGAACUUCCGAUCCUCCUGCCUCUGCCUCCCCAGUGCUGGGAUUACAGGCGUGCAUCUCCACACUGUCUUUGGGGUUCUGGGUAGAGAUGGAACCCCGGGCUUCCUGCACGCUAGGGCAGGCCCCCUAUUAUUCCCAGACCCUGAGCACCGUCCCGAUGAAAGUUUCUGUUCCUCCCACAGCUGUAUUUCUGUAUCUCUGAACCACUGACUGCUUAUCAUGAAUUCUGAUGGGACCACUCUUCUCCUCUAAGACCCUGGGUGGCCCCCACCAGCUGAGGCACAAAACCUGAACAUGUAGGAUCCGAUGUUAUGUUGAUCUAGUGUUUCCUGGGCUCCGUGUCCGUUCCAUUGUGGGAAUCAUAUAUGUAUUCUGAAGUUAACCACACACACACACAUCGCUGCCGAAAGGCGCUCGCACACCUUAUUUGCUCCACCUGGCACACUUUGCUCCCUUCUUGGCCUACAGAACCUGGUCCCCAUCCCUGAAGUCCUCCCAGCCAUCUGUGUCUGUUCUUCCUUUCCUUAUCACCAACUGCUGCGACGUGCUUGUGUUUUUUGUUUUUCUCAUUUCUAAACCCUUCUGUUUUCUGUUUCCACAAAGCCCCAAGUAAUCUAUCUGGCUCAAAAUAUCCCAGCUCCAUCUUUCUUCAAGGACCCAUCAAUCACGAGAGCCAGGGCUGGUUCCAUGGGUCUUCCUCUCUCUCAAACAG